ACCAGAUAAUGAGCUCUGAGUGUAUAUAUAUAUAGCUAUAAGUCAGGUGUUAUUGCAUACUCAUCCGUAGAGCUAUAAAGUUUUUGCUAGUUCCAAGAUGGCCAGAGCUUCAGGGGAUGAAGAAAGCCUUGAAGGAAACAGAGUCCAACCUCUUUCAGCUACACCAACGCCACAGGAGAUGAAGGUUGAACAAGGGAAGCUUCAUGCCGCCAAUACAGUUGUUGAGAGGCUGGGCUUCCAGGACUUCUUUUCCUUGGAUGUUUGGCGAGCAUCAAUUGGAGAGGUGCUUGGCACAGCGGUGCUUGUCUUCAUGAUUGACACUAUAGUGAUCUCCACUUUUGAGUCGGACACUAAGAUGCCAAACCUUGUCAUGUCAGUUCUCAUAGCCAUUACCAUCACAAUUCUUCUUCUUGCUGUCUUACCGGUCUCCGGGGGCCACAUCAACCCCAUCGUCUCCUUCUCCGCCGCCCUCGUCGGCCUUAUCUCCAUCUCACGUGCCGCCAUCUACAUCAUAGCUCAAUGCCUAGGCGGUGUGCUAGGAGCACUAGCGCUAAGGGCCGUUGUAAGCAGCAAAAUAGAACAAAACUUUUCGCUUGGAGCAUGCACUCUCACAAUCGUUGUACCUGGGCCAAAUGGACCCAUAACAACGGGCCUCGAGACCGGCCAAGCCCUCUGGCUCGAGAUAAUAUGUAGCUUCAUCUUUCUAUUUGCUUCGAUAUGGAUUGCUUUUGAUGGUCGCCAAGCGAAGGCAUUCGGCCACGUCAUUGUUACUUCCAUCAUUGGGUUGGUGCUGGGGCUUCUGGUGUUCGUGUCAACGACAGUCACAGCAACAAAGGGCUACGCCGGCGCCGGGAUGAACCCAGCAAGGUGCUUGGGCCCGGCUAUUGUGAGAGGCGGGAGCCUCUGGAACGGGCAGUGGGUAUUUUGGGCCGGGCCAGCCAUUGCUUGCUUCGCGUUCUACCUGUACAUAAAGAUCAUCCCUCAUCAACACUUUCAUGCCAAGGGCUACAAGCAUGACUUCUUCAACAUUUUGAGUGCUCCUUUUGUGUCAAAUCGCAAGUAGAAAUUGAAGUGGCAGAAUGCUCGUCUUGUCUUGUGUGUUCUUAUGAUAUUAUGUAUGCUUAAGCCAUAUAUCUCAACGUUUGUAUCCUUAUGCCAGAUAAAUAGAAGAUUUGCAUUAAAUAAUAACAGUGAACGUAAAAUUUAAUUUAUCGGACCAA